CACUCGUGGUGCUCCGUAGAAAUCAUACAAGAUGGCGGCCUCCAUGCUGACUCGACUGUGCUUGACUUUUAGGGUCUCCGGGGUCCCCAUUUCGGCUAGGGGACCCUGGUACAGUACAGGACUCGGAUUAUCCGUUCAAGGAGGGGCAGUAUCAGUGCCCAAUGAUAAUCGUGCUGUACAAAAGAACAAGUACAAAAGAGAGGUAUCAGCUCCCAGGACAGAGAAGACUCCCGACCAGGACUGGACUAGUGUGUAUCCCUGUGCGGCAGCAUUUAAGCCAUCGGCAGUGCCACUUCCAGUGCGUAUGGGAUAUCCUGUGAGGAAUGGAGUAGCCCCAGAUAAGACUGGGAACCUGGAGCUUGUCAAGAUUCCCAACUUCCUGCACCUAACGCCUGUUGCUAUUAAACAGCACUGCUCUGCACUACGUGAAUUCUGCACCCCGUGGCCAUCAGCUCUUUCUAGCGAUGCAGAAUGUGAAAAGCAUUUUCCUAUUGAGUUUCAGUCUGUAGACUAUGUCUUAGCUGGGCCCUCCCUACGUAACCCAAAAGCACGAGUGGUGACCCUGCAGGUAAAAGUGGCUAGUCUGAAUUUAGAUGAUCAUUCCAGAAAGAAGCUCCUGAAGCUUGUAGGAUCUCGCUAUGACCCAGAAGUCUGAUACACCCUCACUCUUCGGGCAGACAGGUGUCCAGUGAGGAGACAGAACAAAGAUUUCACAAUGUACCUUUUGACUGUCCUAUACCAUGAGUCCUGGAAAACAGAGGCCUGGGAGAGCGAGAAAGAGGAAGGUGACAUGGAGGAAUACAUAUGGGAAGGCAGCUUGUCUGAACGUAACACUCUGCAAACUUUAAUGCAAAUAAAAGCUUCUGAAUCUGUCACUAGAGAAGAAGUUCUUAAGUCCCCCAGUGUGCAGGAAUACCGCAACGCUGUGCUAAGCCUACGCAACCAAGGAGAAAAUGAGGACAGUGUUGGCCAAUACAAGCAGAGUGUCAAGAAUAUGCUGGGCAUUGCAUAAGCCACUUGAUCCUGUAAUCUGACUUGAAUCGCUGGUGCCACAUACAGCUCUAGGAUGUCUUUAUAAAAAUAUUCUAACUGCAACCAAAACAUGUUUUGGAUGACUUCUAUUUUUCAUAUACAUUUGUCAACCCCAUAGUUACAGUUUGUUUGAAUCACAAUGGACUGGUUUGGUGAUGCUUUGUCUAUUUCCUUGUCCUAUUUUCCAUGAAAGAUUUUUUUAUUUUACACACAACAAAAAAUGAUAAUCCUCAUGAAAAUGGCAUAAAGCCAACCUCUGAUGUAAUGUUAUGUGUCAAAUCCAUCAGUCUGUUUAAAUCUCUUCUGCUAUUUUGUGAUUUAGCCUUUUCUAAUAUAAUAUAUUGUUGCUUUAUAUUAGUGUUAUAAAAACAAUCUUUUUUUAUUUUGUAUGAUUCUUAGGUUCUUCAUUUAUAUUCAGGAAAAGUAAAGCUCAUCCUUCCCCAGGGAAAAAUUAGUAAGAAGUGAUUUCCAGGAAAUAUAGCUAUAAAAUGUUGAAAGAUCUGGGCUAAUCAUCUUAAUGGGAGAUGGGAAUAAUUGUAUAGUAUGGUUUAUAUCAUCCCUUUUAUUUAUUUUCCAACAGCAGAAAAUCACAUUUGUUUAAUAACUUUAAUGCCACCAUAAAAUUUAAAAAACAAAAUUUAAUUCACCAAUAAAAGUCUAUUAAAUUGAA